AUGUGCAUGCAGUCAAGGCUACGUACUUCUGGCCUAGUACGUUACACCGCGCUCGGAGGUCCAUUCCCGGCUUCUGGGAAUUUGCAGGUCCUCUGGGGGUUCUUUCCGUCCCUUUCUCCGCUGCGCUCAUGCGUACCCUUGCUUCUAUCUCCGCGGGAGUGCGAGACGGAAGGCGCCGGCGCGGCAUUGUCCGAGCAAAAAGGACAAGUCAUUGAAUCUGGCAAAUGUGACCGACGCCAUAGCAGCUCAAUUGCCAAUCGAGCCAUCACAAAUGGCUCUCCAAUCAAAUCGACCUGCUUUGACUGGGGAUACAGGAAGUAUGCGAAGAAGGGUUGGAUCCAGCUGCAUAAGCGAAGUUACAACAACGAUGUCAACAGCCGGGUAGCGCUCGCUCGCGGCCAAAAAUCCCGUUCCGACGGGUUGGUCGACAUAAAGGACAUGUCCAAUUUGGCCCAACAAGAACCAACUGAUCAGACCAUUAUCGCAGACAGAGUCUUCUGCUUGGAAAGGCCAGAAAAUAGCGACUCUCCCAGUUCAACAAGGGGACAAAUGCCGUCUGGGCCAGCUAGAGGAAGCGGGAGGCCGUCUGGCAGGGGCUGGAUUCCCAACCGAGAGACAUCCGCUCCUGCACAUGCUGGCCUGAAGAGUAGAAGCAAGAUUGCUGCUGAAGCUCAGAGCAGAAUGCCUGAUGCGCAUUUCAUGCAUCAUCCAGGCAGCAAAAGACACUCCACAGAGCCACAGAGCCACAGAGCCGUCCCAUAUGAGGUCUCGAUGCACGAUACACCAAGAAAAGGAAAACAUGCAUAUUGA